CUUCACAAUGAGGAUGACCCCCCAGAGUCUUCAGCAGCUGAGCAGCCUUCCACGUCUACAGAGACUACACAGACUCCCCAGACGGCAGCCUUAUCUGAAGCAGAUACUUCCCCUCCACCUUACUGUAGCAUAGCUGUAGAAGCAGCUGCAACCUCAGAAACACACAAUGAAUUUUAUCCUGUACCACCUCCAUACAGUGUAGCUACCUCUCUUCCUACUUAUGAUGAAGCAGAGAAGGCCAAAGCUGCAGCAAUGGCAGCUGCUGCAGCAGAAGUUGCGCAACGACACGCCCAGUUUAGGGAGUCUAGGACUCUGUUUGAUGAAAUAUUCCUCAGUCGUCCAGAGGAAGAAGAGUAUCCACCACGGGAUGAUUUCAGUGAUGCAGAUCAGCUUAGAGUGGGCAAUGAUGGCAUCUUCAUGUUGGCAUUUUUCAUGGCAUUUAUUUUCAACUGGAUUGGAUUUUGUUUAUCCUUCUGUAUAACAAAUACCAUAGCUGGAAGGUAUGGUGCAAUCUGUGGAUUUGGUCUGUCCCUGAUCAAAUGGAUUCUCAUUGUACGGUUUUCAGAUUACUUUACUGGAUAUUUCAAUGGACAGUACUGGCUUUGGUGGAUAUUUCUUGUACUUGGACUCCUCCUGUUCUUUCGAGGCUUUGUUAAUUAUCUAAAAGUCAGAAAUAUGUCUGAAAGCAUGGCAGCUGCUCACAGAACAAGAUUUUUUUUCUUGUACUGAAGACUGCAUCGAACAGACAUUCCUUUCCUAUACCAGUGUGAAACUUUCAGAUGAUCUGUAACCCUCCGAGUUAAUAGGAUAGAAGACUACUAAAACCAGAAGACAAAUUAGUGAAGAUACGGCUUCAGAAACGAAUGACAGGAUAGUUUAUGCUCAAAUAGCAGUUCUUGUCAUUCUAGUAAAUAUUUAUAAUUGCUGCCUUUGUUUUAGCACAUUUGUAUAUGUGCUUAUUAAAAACAUAGCAUUGAAGUAAGAGCAAACCAUCUGUUAGUAUAGAUUAGGUACAGUCAGACUUGGUUAAUCUGUGCUUGUUGUAUCUGAAAGAUUUAAGUGGUAACUUGUUUCACAGCAUGUAUGUACCACUUGUUGACUUGUUGAUCUGAACUUUGAGUACAAUGAAAUGCAUUAAAUGAUUCAGAUUAACCAGUUCAGACAGUUUUUUUAUAUAAUUUAGAUUCAUCUAAUGAUUGUGUAGAACAUUUUUAAGUUUACUAAACCCCAAAGUUCUUUGUUGUCACAAACUUGUAUUCACCAAUAUUUUAUCAAAUUUAAACCAAUAUACUGGUUUGCCUAAAACUGAUACUCCACUUUGAGUCCCUUGUAAAUAAUUCUGC